AUGACGAGGAAGAAGACUAUUGAAAAGAAGGCUCAAACGGUCCCCUCAGAUGAACCUACAAAUAAUGAAACUGUUGCAAGUGAACCUUCAUCGAGCACUCCAAACGAGCCUGAGGCCACAGAACAAGUCUCAGAACUUGUAAAUGGCGUCACGAAUUUAUCGAUGACAGAUAAGGAGCGAGGAGAAAUGGACCGACAAACAAAAUCUAAAGAACAAAUUAAAGCUGAAAGGGAAGCAAAGAAAGCUGAGAAAGCCAAUAAAAAAGCUAAUGCAACAUCAAAAGUGGUUGCAUCGCCAGCACCGCAAAUACAACAGCAUGCUCCUCAAAUACCAAACGGCCAAACUCUACUUUCUACAACUCAGGUGAGCAAACUGGAAAACAAAAAAGACGUAACACAGAAACCGCCGUCACCGGAACCAAAAUCAGCUAUAAAGAAAGAUACGGCUAGAGGAAAUCGUGAAGUGCAAUUUGAUCUGAAUACAACUGUGCUCAGAACGCCUUCCGAAGAAACCAUAUCAGAUUUGCCAAAGAUGUUUGUGUUUACGGAUUUAGCGCCCAACUUUAACGUUCAUCCCGUUUUUCAUACUCUGGCAGCAAGGUGUGAGAGAGGACAAGUUGCCGACGUUGAUGAUUUGUGCGAGGAAUUUCUUAGCGCGUUUGUCAAAUUUAUCAGUGAUUGGGGUGCUGAAAGGUUGCAUAACUCAGAUGCCGAUCCGACCGCUCUCGGAUUUGACCUUGAUUUGGCUAUUCGACCCCAGCUCGGAUACUUGACAGAAGAUGGUCGUUGGCCGUUACCUUAUGCUCUUGGGAAUCUUGUACGACAACUAAAGCGAGAAAUUAAACGACUUGAUGAACCAUGCAAACAUGCUCAUACGAAAGAAGAUGGAACAGUUGCUGCCGAGCUGCCGGGUGGAUGUGAUAAAUUAAAAGAACUCGAAGAAUGGCUUGAGGAAACGCGUUAUUCAUGCUUUGAGUUGGCAACUAAUUCCAUUUCUACUCAUUUGAUGCAAAAGAGGAAGUUUUCAAAAAAGAUUGUCACAUUUGACUGGUGUCGUGUUGUUAAUCGAAUUUUACUCGAUUCUCUCGUUGGCGAAGAUCCUGAUUUGAAACAUAUCGUCGUGCUUGAUCAGCAGUUGAAUGGCCGAGGAGUGCGCCACAUGGACACUUUACUAGACAAAAAUGUGAAGCUGGAUUAUGGGGAUCUUCGUUCCUUGUCGGUCGCAUUGCAUAAGUGUUCAAUCGUGCUUAUUGGAUGUUCGGCCGUUUUGUCGAACGGGUGUGUGGCGGUUCCCAAAGGAUCUUUAUCGAUUGCUUUGUCCGCUCAAGCCAACAAUAUCCCGUUUAUGGUUUGUGCACAAACUUUCAAAUUUGUGGAUAAGGUGCAAACGUAUGGACGAAUGGCGUUACUUGGUCGUGAAAACAUGGAGCUCGUUCCUUCAAGUCUCAUCACCGCUAUUGUAACCGAUAUUCGUAUUGUGCCACCGUCUUCAGCGCCAGCGAUUCUCAAGGCUAAAGCCCUAGAAAGCCAAAAU